AUGGAACGCAGAACAGGCCUGGAGCUGAAUGUCAUAGCUUCAUCAGAAGAUUGCCACUGGGCAAAUGACAAUGGCUACGAUGGCAAUGGCUACGAUGGCAAUGGCUACGAUGGCAAUGGCUACGAUGGCAAUGGCUACGAUGGCAAUGGCUACGACGGCAAUGGCUACGACGGCAAUGGCUACGACGGCAAUGGCUACGACGGCAAUGGCUACGACGGCAAUGGCUACGACGGCAAUGGCUACGACGGCAAUGGCUACGACGGCAAUGGCUACGACGGCAAUGGCUACGACGGCAAUGGCUACGACGGCAAUGGCUACGACGGCAAUGGCUACGACGAUGCAGCUUCUUGGCAGCAUAGGUGGCACCGUCCACGUGUUCCUGGUUCUGCUGUUGAGGAUGAUGGUUCUACAGAGCAGCUGAGCUUCCGUUGUGUGAUGCUUUCCAUUGCCAUUAUUACUGGCUUCUGA